AUGGGUUCUGACCAAACAGCACAGCCAAAGCGCAAGCUGCCGGUGAUUGAUUUCUCGCCGGAAAAUUUGAAACGUUCUUGGGCCUCGACCAGCGACGACGUCCGGCGAGCGCUGGAGGAGUACGGCUGCUUCGUGGCCGUGUAUCCUGAUGUAUCGCCGGAGUUUGACAAGGCAUUGUUUGGAUCAUUGUUGGAGUUGUUUGAACUCCCGAGAGAGACCAAAGCUCUGAACACGAACGUGAGGCCUUUGCAUGGCUAUCUCGGGGCUAAGGCGCCUCUUCCUGACAUCCACGAGAGCCUGGGGAUUGAACACGCACAGACUCUUGAAGCAACUCAAGAUUUCACUAAGCUCAUGUGGCCAAAUGGAAACGACCGUUUCUGUGAAAAUGUGUGCACUUAUGCAAAACUGGCAUCGAAAUUGGAUGGCUUGGUCAAGAAGAUGAUUUUCGAAAGCUAUGGGGCAGGCAAAUAUUUUGACAAAUUUAUUGAAUCGACCAAUUAUCUUCUGCGACUCAUACAAUAUAGAGUGCCGAAGGGGAAUGAGUCCAAUAUUGGCGCACAUUGUCACACUGACAAGGGUGUCGUGACCAUAAUUCAUCAAAAUCAAGUCAAUGGUUUGGAGAUUAGAACAAAGGAUGGUGGCUGGAUCGAGUUUGAUCAUGAAGAUAUCCCUUCAACCUUCGUGGUCUUCGCGGGUGAUGCACUCUUGGCAUGGAGCAAUGGCAGAAUACAUUCUCCUCAACACCAAGUCAUCAUAAGUGGGAAUGAAACAAGAUACUCAGUUGGGUUAUUUUCAUUCCACAAUGGUACAAUAGAAAUACCAAAAGAGCUAGUUGACGAUGAACACCCUGCAAAGUUCAAGUCGUUUAGUAAUUAUGGUCUACUCAAUUUCUUCACUUCAGAUCAUGAUAUCAGUCGAAAGGCUGUACCAUGUGUCAAUGAUUACUGUGGAGUGGAGGCAUAA